AAUGUAAUUCUUCUAUCUUAAAAAAUCAAUUUCAGUUACAUUUUUGUAAGUAUGUUUUAUGCUACCUUGAUAAGAAUGUAUUCUUUCUGCUGUGCAUUUUUUUUUCAAAUAUAACACUGCUUCUAUUUGUAUUGGUAUGUGUUUUAGUUUUGUUUCUAGCCCCCGUGUUAUUACUGGUAACUGCUGUUAGCGCCAGUGUUGUUACUAGCCACGGCUUCGGAAAAACAUAUUUUCUAGCCGGCGUGCUGUUACUGUAAAUGCCUCCCGGAAGGGCACUGAACGAUUUCUCAACAAAAUCUCCGAAUAUCUUCUUUAGCAAUACUCGAGGGAGACACAAUGGUCGACGAAUCGACCCAGGUCAAUUUUUCUACGGCCGGUAAAAACCAGCACAGGAAAAUGAAGAGACACAAUACGUCAAGCGACCUGUUGUACUCUCAGCACCUCCGCACGCUGAGCAACUCGUUUGCCCAAUUGAAACCCCUGUCGAGCCGGCCGAGGUCCCUCAACAUCGUGGAGGCGUUCAACAAACCGAAAUUUAUCGCGCACGACGCACCGCUGUCACUGCUGUCCACCCCCGGCAUGGAUACGCCCCUGAGUUCGAUAUCGCGUGAGCGCACGCCGCCAUUUUCCUGCAACUCGAGCACCGUCUCGAACGGCGCGUUGAACUUCAAACUGUCGACUCCCCCACCGGUAUACGUGCCGUCACCUAAGUUCAAGUCGCUGCAGGACGAUGAGAGCACGGCCAGUACGGCGCGUUGCUGUUGUAGGUGUUACGACGUCGAAAUGGGUUGCCACGGUAGGAAAACUGUUUCCAACACAAGGGAGGGUCUGUCGUGGAGGAGGUUGCACAAGUCGCGGGCGAAGUUGAAAGCGACCGCGACCACGUCAGAGUUACUGUCCGGGUUCGCGAUGAUAGCGAUGGUGGAGCUUCAGAUCAACACGCCGACCAACGUGCCCGAGUGGUUGUUUGUGAUGUUCGCGGUGUGCACCACGGUUCUCGUCGCGGUCCACAUUUUCGCGUUGAUGAUAUCGACGUACAUUUUACCCAAUAUCGAGUCAAUAGCGAAGCUGGAGAUUUGCGAGCUGAUCACCGAAAGUCCCCACGAGCGGAUGCGCGGGUUCAUAGAGCUCGCCUGGGCGUUUUCCACCAUUUUGGGUCUGUUCCUGUUCAUGGUCGAGGUGGCGAUACUCUGCUGGGUAAAAUUCUGGGACUAUUCCUUCACGGCGGCCGUUGCCGCAACUGUAAUAGUGGUGCCGGUGCUUAUCACUUUUGUCUUGUUCGCCGCGCACUUUUACCACUCCCUGGUGGUCGACAAGUGCAACGCAUCCAUAACGGACAUGAAAAAACUCGAAGAGAUGAAAAAACACCUGGACGAGGUCAGCCAGCAGGCGCACAUGUGACGUGUCCUUGUUUCGAAACGCCCCGUAUAUUUUUUCGGCAGUUUCUUCACACGCAGCCCCCACCUCGUUAUGUGAUAUCGAAGCAGUAUUGACCCUUUCCCUCUCAAACGUCCAGUUCCAGUUUAGUUCGUUCGUUUUUGACUUUACCUAUUGUAUUCCGUUGUACAUUUUGUUUUAUUUUUAAACCAACAAAUGUACGGAGUGUUCCACAUAUACGAUUCUCUAUCCCCUUUUCCGAAAAUAAUUUUUAAGGGUUUUUUUACAUUACCAACCAACCAACUUCUGUAACUAUAUGUUCAUUUAGUAUUUAUUUCACUAAUUAUAUAUUAUACAUAGGAAAUAUAAUCAUUAAAAUUAUAUGUGUAUAUAAAAAUUGUUUAUAACUUUUUAAGUUGUUAACAGUUGGUUAUUGUUUUAUUGUAAUAUAAAAGUUCCGUUAAAAAGAACGUUUUGGUUAGUUAUUUUUUCACGGUAAGUGGAGGACACCCCGUAUGUAUCGGUGAAUUAUGCGCUUAAUAAAAUAUAAACAU